GUCAAAAAAACAGCAAAUGUUUCCACCGAAAUAUGGCGAACGUUGCCCUCUUUAUCUUGGUUUCUUUUAUGGCCAGUGUUGGCACUGAGCUGGUCACUCACUUCUUGAAAAACGAAGCUUGCCAUCGAUGGCUACCAUCCCUCUCUCGCAGCAGUCGCUCUCCGUUGCCGUCUUCGACGACGGCUUCAAAAGGAGCGAUUUUGGGCUCAUGGGUGCCUCCAGAUCGCAUCGCUCUCGCUCUUACGCUGCUAGGCCAAGAGGGCCUCGUGUCCGAUGUCAGUCAACAAGUACAGAUGAACCUAGAACAAAAAGGAAUCUUCUCGACAAUGCCAGCAAUCUUCUUACUAAUUUGUUGAGUGGGGGAAGUCCGGGAUCGAUGCCAAUAGCUGAAGGUGCAGUGACAGAUUUGUUUGGCAAGCCUUUCUUCUUCUCACUGUAUGAUUGGUUCUUAGAGCACGGAGCUGUUUAUAAACUUGCUUUUGGACCAAAAGCAUUUGUAGUUGUAUCCGAUCCCAUAGUUGCAAGGCACAUCCUUAGAGAGAAUGCGUUUUCGUACGAUAAGGGAGUUCUAGCUGAUAUUUUAGAGCCAAUAAUGGGAAAAGGACUUAUACCUGCCGACCUUGACACUUGGAAGCAAAGGAGAAGAGUUAUUGCUCCUGGGUUUCAUUCGUUAUACUUGGAAACUAUGACCCAAGUGUUCACAAAAUGUUCGGAGAGGACCAUCCAGAAAUUUGAGAAGCUUUCCGAAGGCACAAAUGAACAUGGAGAGGGGAAAAUUGAGCUGGAUCUUGAAGCAGAGUUUUCGAGUUUGGCUCUUGAUAUUAUAGGCCUUGGCGUCUUCAAUUAUGACUUCGGUUCAGUCACAAAAGGGUCACCCGUCAUCAAGGCGGUGUAUGGUACUCUUUUUGAAGCAGAGCAUAGAUCUACCUUUUAUAUCCCUUAUUGGAAGGUCCCUUUAGCUUCAUGGAUUGUGCCUAGGCAGCGGAAAUUCCGGAAAGAUAUCAAGGUUAUCAAUGACUGUCUUGAUGGACUCAUAAAAAAUGCAAAGGAGACCAGACAGGAAACAGAUGUUGAAAAGCUGCAACAGAGGGAUUACUUAAAUCUCGAAGACGCCAGUCUUUUACGUUUUCUAGUUGAUAUGCGCGGAGUGGAUGUAGAUGAUCGCCAGUUGAGGGACGAUCUUAUGACUAUGCUCAUCGCUGGCCAUGAAACAACAGCUGCUGUUCUUACCUGGGCUGUUUUCUUACUUGCUCAAAACCCAUCGAAAAUGAGAAAAGCACAAGUAGAGAUUGAUUCAGUGCUUGGUCAAAAGAGGCCAACUUUUGAAUCUCUAAAGAAGUUGGAGUACAUUAGACUAAUAGUUGUGGAGGCACUUCGUUUGUAUCCUCAACCGCCUUUGCUUAUUAGGCGUGCCCUCAAAUCAGAUCGAUUGCCAGGAGGUUAUAGAGGUGACGAAAAUGGCUAUCCGAUUCCUGCUGGCACAGAUAUCUUCAUUUCUGUGUAUAACCUUCAUCGAUCUCCAUAUUUUUGGGAUCGGCCCAAUGAAUUUGAACCGGAGAGGUUCCUGACACGAAGAAAGAAUGAGGGGGUUGAAGGCUGGGCGGGCUUUGAUCCGUCUCGGAGUCCUGGAGCGCUAUAUCCGAACGAGAUCAUCUCGGAUUUUGCGUUCUUGCCAUUUGGUGGUGGGCCUAGGAAGUGUGUCGGAGACCAAUUUGCCCUGACGGAGUCGACAGUGGCAUUGGCUAUGCUGCUCCAGAAAUUUGAUGUGGAGCUGAAAGGAUCGGCCAACUCUGUGGAACUUGUUACUGGCGCAACAAUCCACACAAAGAACGGGUUGUGGUGCAAAUUGAGGAAGAGAUCUGAUCAACCGCAAAUCUGAUCAUCAAAAUGCACUACAAGCUAUCAAAAGGUUGGGCAAGUCAGCCUUUUCUCGGGUUGUUCUUUCCAUCUUUUAUCUUGCUAUUGAUAGACAGAUAUUCGUUUUCUUUUCACAGACUCGAGUUCACCAGCACGGUACAGAUUCAACCGGCAAAACCCCUCUUUCCCUAUCUAGAGUUGAGAUCAGAUGCAAGAAUCUGGUGCUGUAUAACAAUGACUUCUCUAUGAAUUUAUGUUAUAUGAGACUUGAAUAGCAAGUCAAAUGCAGAAAAACAUAAUGAGCACUUGUUGCGUGCGUCAACUUGGACGUCUGUGGGUUGCAUGGACAGAAUUGGUUUGCUACCAAAAAAAAUUGAACGGCUUCAUUUGGAAAAAAAAAAUUCGGGAACCCGGUGGCCAUUGAAAUUUCA